GUGAAAGGGGCGUGGCCCGCCGAGAAGGAGGAGACAAGAUGGCGCCGUCCGUGGGGUAUCGGUGUCUGAGAUUGCUGUUCGGGGUCGCGCCGUGUCGGAGCAGCUUUCUUCACUGUGAAAAUACUGCCCUGAGCCAUUUCCUACAAUCCUUGAGGAAGCCGCCUCUCAGAGCCUUUAGCACAAAUGCCAGAAAAGUCCACACUGCCCCUGCUCGAACCUUGUUCCUGCUGCGCCCCCUGCCUGUUCUGUUUGUGACAGGCAGUGGGUAUGCAGGUUACCGACAGUAUGAGAAAUACAGGGAGCGAGAGCUGGAGAAGCUGGGAUUGGAGAUUCCACCCAAACUUGCUGGUCACUGGGAGGUGGCCCUGUACAAGUCGGUACCAACGCGCUUGCUGUCACGGGCCUGGGGCCGCCUCAACCAAGUAGAGCUGCCGCAUUGGCUGCGCAGGCCCGUCUACAGCCUAUACAUCUGGACCUUCGGGGUGAACAUGAAGGAGGCCGCCGUGGAGGACCUGCACCACUACCGCAACCUCAGCGAGUUCUUCCGGCGCAAGCUGAAGCCGCAGGCCCGGCCCGUGUGUGGCCUGCACAGCGUGAUCAGCCCGUCGGAUGGGAAGAUCCUCAACUUUGGGCAGGUGAAAAACUGCGAGGUGGAGCAGGUGAAAGGGGUCACCUACUCACUGGAGUCGUUCCUGGGCCCGCGCGCCUCCACAGAGGACUUGCCUUUCCCACCAGCCACCUCCUGCAGCUCCUUCAGGAGCCAGCUGGUCACCCGGGAAGGGAACGAGCUCUACCACUGCGUCAUCUACUUGGCCCCCGGGGAUUACCACUGCUUCCACUCUCCCACUGACUGGACCGUUUCCCACCGGCGCCACUUCCCAGGCUCCCUGAUGUCCGUGAACCCUGGCAUGGCCCGCUGGAUCAAAGAGCUCUUCUGCCACAAUGAGCGAGUAGUCCUGACUGGGGACUGGAAACAUGGCUUCUUCUCACUCACAGCCGUGGGGGCCACCAACGUGGGCUCCAUCCGCAUCUACUUCGACCGGGACCUGCACACAAACAGCCCAAGGUACAGCAAGGGCUCCUACAACGACUUCAGCUUCGUGACGCACGCCAACAAGGAGGGCAUCCCCAUGCGCAAAGGCGAGCACCUGGGCGAGUUCAACCUGGGCUCCACCAUCGUGCUCAUCUUUGAGGCCCCCAAGGACUUCAACUUCAAGCUGAAAGCAGGACAGAAAAUCCGAUUCGGGGAGGCUCUGGGCUCCCUCUAGAGCCUCUUUCCUGGCUGUGGAUGCCGAGGGAUCUUUUCCAAACAGAAAUGGGAGGGUCUUUCUGAGGGGAAUCUCUGCAGCUGUCCUGGGGAGUGGACUGGGGUCUGAC